AAUUAUUUAAAAAAGUAAAUUAAAAUAUCAAUAUUAUAUUCAACAUUUUACCUUAUAAUCAUCAGCGCGUUAAAUUAUGACGUUUAAAAAUCGAUUACAUCAAUAUCUUGCGAUCUAAUCUAAUUACGAUACUAUCGUGAAGUUGAUAUAAUUUCGGCGAUUUUCAUUGAAUUGGCAGAAGAAUUAGUGAAAAUUAUGAGUCUGCAUAACAUAUCAUUUAUCUUCAUACAAAUUAUCUUGAGUGUUCUGUGUCUCUAUCCUGGUUUGGCUUGUGCUUCCCAGCAGCCACCCAAUAUCGUCGUUAUUAUUGCUGAUGAUCUUGGAUGGAAUGACGUUAGCUUCCACGGUGCCGACGAAAUUCCCACGCCGAACAUAGACGCUCUCGCAUACAACGGCGUGAUAUUGAAUCGACAUUAUGUGCAGCCGGUGUGCACACCAUCGAGGACAGCUUUCCUCACCGGGAAAUAUCCCAUAAGGACAGGUAUGCAGGGCAAUCCCUUAAAAGGAGCUGAACCACGUGGUAUACCCUUGAGCCAUACUCUUCUACCUGAAUAUCUUCGGAAACUCGGAUAUACCACUCAUCUCGUAGGAAAAUGGCAUGUUGGUUAUCAUUCGACAAGUUAUGGACCUACCCGCCGUGGUUUCGAUACUUUCUUGGGAUAUUAUACCGGUAUUAUUCAAUAUUUCAACCAUACACUUCAAGAAGAAGAUCGAGUGGGUUAUGAUUUGCAUCGUUCCGUGAGCAAUAAUUACACUAUUGAAUAUAGAUACGAUUACAUGACUGAUAUUAUAACUGAGGAGGCCGAAAAAAUUAUCUCAUCGCAUGAUACCGCGAAGCCUAUGUUUUUGCAAGUGGCGCAUCUCGCCCCUCAUUCUAGCACUGCUGAAGAAAUCAUGGAAGUACGCGAUUGGCAAGAAACUAACGCCACUUUCGGCUACAUCAAAGACAUAAACAGAAGAAAAUACGCGAGUGUCCUUAGCACAUUGGAUAAGUCAGUCGGUCGAGUGGUCGAAUCUCUGAAGAGAGCGAAUAUGCUGAGGAAUACGAUUAUUCUUUUCAUGGCUGACAACGGAGCGCAGACUGAAGGGAAGUGGAAAAAUUUCGGAUCUAAUUAUCCAUUACGAGGGUUGAAAUUCACCCUCUUUGAAGGCGCGAUUCGGGGCGCGGCGUGCAUCUACUCACCCUUGAUUGAUCAUCCGUCGAGGGUCUCGACGCAAUUAUUUCAUAUUAGCGAUUGGCUGCCGACACUAUACUCCGCGGCCGGCGGUAAUCCGAACGAUCUGAAACAAUUGGACGGCAUUGAUCAAUGGUCCGUGAUUAAGAGCAUGAAUAUUAGCGAGAGGAGAUCGGUUCUCGUGAAUAUUCGGGAGGAUGAGAACAGUGAGGCGGCGCUAGUGGACGAUUAUAAACUUGUUAGAGAUAAAUCCGAUUAUCAGAAACAUUAUAAUUAUUAUAGUGGUAACGAUGCGUCAUAUCCCAAAUACAAUGUGACAGAUGUAUUAGCGUCGCCAGCCGGGUCGGCUAUCGCAGGCGUUUCGACUCAUAUGUUAACUGCGAAUAAAAUAAAAAAGCUCCGGGAAGAGGCUACAAUAAUUUGCAAGAAUUUUACGAAUUCCUCCAGUUGCGAGAAUCGCACUUGUUUGUUCAAUAUCUAUGAAGACCCUUGCGAAAUCACGGACUUAUCUUUGCAACAUCCUGAGGUCGUGGAGAGAUUGAGCGUGUUCAUCGACAGCUAUAAAUCGGUCCUCGUGAAGCAGCCUCAUGCACCCAUCGAUCCGGCUGGCUUUCCGUGCCGGUUUAACAAUACUUGGCUGCCCUGGCUGCCGGACGACUAUGAACCGAUCAGUGAAAUGCACUUCAAGAACGGAGUUACGUCGUAGCGACCUUAUGACUACACUUCGAUCUCGUCUUGGAUCCGUAUUCGCGUUUCUGCCGAGGAAACCAGUUUUGAGACGUUGAUGCGUUUCAAUAGAUCUUGAUAUCGAGUAAUAUAUUUGUCAUAUUUUUAAUCGUGAGCACGUUAAGCGAAGAGCUCUUUGUUUUUUUCGCCUUCAUUCAUAUACGAUUUGAGAUUUGUUCUUUUUUCGCUCAUUCAUUGAAAGAAAGAAAGAAUUUAAA